AUGUUGGGAGUUUUCAGCAGCGCGAUCGUAUCGCCGCCGGACGAGCUGGUGGCCGCAGGCAGCCGCACUCCGUCGCCGAAGAUAACGGCGGCGGCGCUGGUCAACCGCUUCGUCCAGAACAAUGGGAGCGCCGUGUCCGUACAGGUUGGCGACCAUGCUCAGCUGGCCUACAGCCACAGCAACGAGUCACCGUUACAGCCGAGGUCAUUUGCAGUGAAGGAUGAGAUAUUCUGCUUGUUUGAGGGAGCCCUUGACAACUUGGGAAGCUUGAGGCAGCAAUAUGGACUAGCCAAGUCUGCAAAUGAAGUGCUUUUGGUGAUUGAGGCCUACAAGGCACUGCGAGACCGGGCCCCUUACCCACCUAACCAUGUGGUUGGCCACCUCAGUGGAAAUUUUGCCUUCAUAGUAUUUGACAAGUCCACCUCCACCUUGUUCGUCGCUUCUGACCAAUAUGGCAAGGUGCCUCUGUCUUGGGGAAUCACUGCUGAUGGAUAUGUGGCCUUUGCUGAUGACGCAGAGUUGCUUAAGGGUGCUUGUGGCAAGUCACUUGCCUCAUUCCCUCAAGGAUGCUUCUACUCCACAGCGGUUGGAGGCCUGAGAAGCUAUGAGAAUCCUAAAAACAAGAUCACUGCUAUACCUGCUACUGAAGAAGAGUUCUGGGGUGCAACAUUUAAGGUGGAGGGGCCAGCAGUAUUUGCAGCCACAAAGUAG